AUGACAACUAGUUCUAUCAACCAACCCUGUAACGAGGGCACUGGCCUUCCAAAGCAUGUUAUCCAAUUGGUCUCAGAGGCUAUUGACUCGGCAUCGUCAGAGUUGCGUCGGCUAAAUUUGGAGAUCUGGAAUAAUCCCGAGGUGCGGUUCAAAGAAGAGAAAGCAUGUCAGUUGCUAGCCGGGUGGUUUGAGAGCCAAGGCUGGACUGUGAAAACUGGAGUAUACGGGAUCUCCACGGCGUUUGAGGCACGCUUUUCCGUCACAGCUGGGCGGAGAUCAGUCUGCUAUAACGCUGAAUAUGAUGCCCUUCCUGAGCUUGGUCACGCCUGCGGCCACAACCUCAUUGCCACAUCAACUUUGGCCUCAGCCGUCGGGGCUUCUGCCGCUAUGAAGGCACUAAAGAUACCAGGAACGUUGAUCGUGAUGGGUACUCCAGCUGAAGAGACUGGCGGGGGUAAAUACAUCAUGGCAAACCAUGGCGCGUGGAAGGACUGCAGCGUUGUCCUCAUGACACAUGCAAUGCCGGACUUCUCGACUGCCAGAACUGUGACGAAGGCUUCAUGGAAGUUCAGAGCCAAGUUUUACGGAAAGGCGGCACACGCAGCAGCUGCGCCGUGGAAUGGAAAUAAUGCUUGCGAUGCUAUUGUCAUGGCGUAUAAUGGCCUAGGGCUGCUUCGUCAACAAAUCCAGAAGACAGAAAGCAUUCAGUCUGUCAUCCUGGAAGCUGGAAAAGCACCGAAUAUCAUUCCCGACUACGCCGAAGGUAGCUUUUCUCUGCGUGCGUUUGACUCGAAGGCGUUGGAGCUUCUCCGAAGCCGCGUGAUACCCAUUUUCGACGGAGCGGCGGCGUCGACGGGCUGUACUGUCGAAUUAUUUUGGGACGCACUGUACGAAGACGUCGUGACCAACAUGGCUCUAGCGAACCGCUAUACCCACUAUAUGAUCAAUGAUCUGGGCCUCUCACCCGCUGAUAUUCUUCCUCCCUCAGAUUUAUCACCGAAGGUGAACCAGAAUGGUAGCUCCGAUUUCGGAAACUGUUCUUAUAUUCAACCAGGUAUUCAGACAUUGUUCAGCAUCAACGCUACGGAUAUGCCUCAUACUCCUGCCUUCCAGAAGGCAGCAGGUACAGACUUCGCACAUACGGAGUCACUUAGAGCCGGAAAGGCCAAUGCUCUGAUAGGGCUUGAGGUCCUGCUUGACGAGGGGUUCUACAACGAAGUAAAAGGUGAUUGGAUAAGCGAUAUGAGGGAGCGAGGCCGUCUUCCCGAGUAG